AUGUUGACAUCUAGCUACCAUGGGAGCCUUGUGGCCUUUGAGGGAUCUUCGGACUCUUCCAUCUCAACCCAGCUCCGGCUUCUACCAGUGUCACCUCAAAUACUCAUCUUACCGAAUAUCCUAAACUACUUGCCUAACGAGACAGCGGACUCGACUUUCCACGCCGCAACUUUUAUCCGAAAAGUCCACGAUGCAGCUGCUGCGAGAUUAGAAGCUGCCUUCAACUUUCUCAACGAAGCUACCCCCGACUCGAAGCGUCUCGUCUUUCUGAAUGGGGGGACGCCAUCUGCGUAUGCGCUCUGCGUCAAGGCCAUUGCCCAGCAUGAAACAAAUGGAGAUUUCGAAAGGGCCGAGGGGCGUCUGCAAGCAAUGAUCGCGGGUGGCUUGGCUGGCCUUUCGGAGGUAGGGAAGAAGAAUCUUCAAAAACGCCCGUCCCUGAGCUUUGCAUCCGCGCUAGACGACGCCGAUGCGUUUCUUUUCCAGGAUCCCAUCACUAGAGCCAUGAGGGCCGCAGAUGCUCUAGACCGACAAACAGAAUCUCUCCAACCCAGCACGGACCUCGACCUGACGCUUAGUGCUGCUAGGCGACCCCGCCCGCGGAGCAUGAGCCUUCCAAUUUACGGCUACGUCGAUCACCUUGGGGAUGCAGCGCCGUUCUACGUUUUUGGAGCCCGUGCGGAAGGAGGAGGAGGAGGUCGGGCGAGCGAAGAACAGGCCAUCGAUGACUUCGACGAGGAUAAUCCUGGCGGCAGGACCUUCUUCCUGCAAAGUCCGAGGUUGGAACUGAGGAGUUUUUAUGACGAGCCCGACGACAUCGAUCCUUUCAAACUGGAUUCGAGCCUGAAAACCCCUAUUUCGCCCCGCUCACCAAGUUGCAUUGGCGAGGCCUACUGGGCCCCAAUCAACUCGGCGGUUGCGCAGGAUGAUGAGGACCCCGUGGUCCUGGGCGAGGCCUCGAUUAUCCACAUCGCCCCUUCUUCUGCUUCUAGGCGGAGCCUUAAGAGGGCUCGGUCCCUCGACCGGAUGAGCAUGAGCCGCGCACGAUAUCGCGACCUUCCUCUUCGGUUACCGUCGAACAGAGAGGCAGACCAAGGAUUCGAAAACCUCGAUGGCGCGAGGCGAUUUUCGUGUGUUGACAUCGCGGAUGAGAGGGGCGGCUUGCCACUAUCACCGACUUCAACCCGAGCAAGUUACGUGGGGGUCCCCAGGACGGUCUUUGUUCGGCGUUCCAGCGCAGCCAAGGUCACCCUCCUCGCGAAGCCCAAGAAGGAACGAAAAACGGGAUGUGCUUCAUACGUCGAUAGGGGCACUGAUGCGGAGGACAUUAUUACUGCGCCCGCCGAGGACGCCCGAGAACCCGUGCUGCCGUUCAGGGAGGAUCUAGUGGUGUACUUCAAGAACGGCCGCCUGGACACCCUCAUCGAUAAAUUCGUUCAAGCGUUUAGGGAUGGUGGUAUCUACGCGCCGGCGCCAGUGCAACCUUCGCGGUCCGAAGCGAGCAACAACGGCGGCUCUGAGCCCGAGACGACUGCUGCGCGCGUGGUGGAGGUGGAGCAGGUGCAUGUGCGGAAUCAACCUUGCCAAGAGGUCAUUUCGGAUCGACCAUCUUCCGACGAAGAAUACGAUCCUUUCUCCUACCAAAAGCAGCCGCCGCCCUUACUAGCCUCGACCUCCUCCUGCAAGCCCGUCAUCGUCUCAACCAUAGUGACGCUAUCGCCCUCCGCUCCGCCGACGCCCGCGCAUACCCCACCGCCCCCUGCGUCGCCGCUCCACCCAGUCGAGACGACGCCAAGGCGAAGAACAAUUCGCGACUUCGCCGUGCCGGGAAAUCCCACUGCCGUGGCUGUCCAGAACGCCUUGCGGUCUUUGCUAGCCGAGUACUUCCCGGCUGAGGAGGACGGGUUUCACCAGUUUAACUUUCACCACCUCCCUGAGCUCGAUGGCCUCUGGAGGCCGAUCUUUAGGGAGGCUGGAAGUGGUAGCGACGACCGGCAUGAGGAAGAAGGUGGGAGCAGCAGCAUGCGGAUGGUGGACCAGAUUAUUGCGUUUGGAUCGCAGGCGGGCGUGAAGAGGGAGUUUGUGUCGAGUGUGGGGAGGAGGCUUGAGAAGUUGGGAGCGCAGCCGAGCGGCGUUUCGCGCAGUGGGAGGAUUGAUUUCAGGUAUCUCAUUGCAAACGCCAUGCAGGCAUUCACCGCGCAGCCGCUCGCGAAACAAUCCAACGACAACCCCUUCACGAAUCCCUACCUCCUCGCGACUCUCAUCAUCCCCCACCUCGAGACGUAUCUCGCCGCGCACUCCGAGGUGAGGUUACUCAUCCUCGAGUAUCCCCCGGAGCACCUAGCGACGGUGCUAGCCAUCCAGCGUCUCGUCGGUGUUGAUCUCAUGAAAGUUGCCCAGAUCGUCGACUCGAGCUCCACCGACUCGCCCUUCGCUCCGAUCCGUAGCCACGGCGGUAGUCUAGACACCACGCCGUCCCAUUCGCCGGCAAUGUCCUCUCCUGCGGGAUACUCCGGCGUCAUUAACCUUUCACCUACACUUUCAGUCGAGAAGAGCCUUACGCCGUCGACGGCGAACUACCUCCUCACAUCCACGGCCACCGACGCCGAAGUGUCUACCUUCCUCUCCACCAUUUCCAAGGUCCUCUUCGAGAUAUCCCCCUUCUACGCCUACCACAACCACCACCACCACCAACACAAGACUCCUCGCCAACACAACCUCCACCACAUCGACACCACCGCUGCCAUUACCACGGAACGCUCCCCGCACCCCCGAAGCAUCUCCCCACCUCUAUCAGGCGCAACCUUCUCCACGAUCCCCCACCUAACAAUCUCCUCCCAAAGCCCCCCUCUAUCUCCCACAUCCCCUCAACCGCCCCCCCUCCCGCAAAGAUCCCUCUCCCCCAUCCGCUCCUCCGCUACCCCCUCGCCCUCCCCCACCGAAACCCCCGUCCAGACACCUUGCUCCCCCCAGCACGGGCGCUUCUCGCCGACGACCUCGACGGCUACGACCAAGACCACGGCCAGCAUCAUCGUCCGCGAUAGGAAGCGCCUGCCGCUCGAGAAGGAGGAUGAAGGGGUCGGGCUGGAUCUCGAGGAUGAUUCGGACUUUGAGGAUUUGGAGGAGAAGAGGCUGUUGCCUAUUUUUAUGAGGAGGCCUGUGGCGAGGAAGGGGAGUAGUCAUAAGGCGUUGAAGUUUUUGGGGUUGGCUUGA